CCCCUUUUAGCUCCUCACAUGUUUCAUGCUUGGGAGAAAAAACAUGGCAGCGCCUUCGAGUGAAGUCCAGAUUGUUCCUGCCAAAAAGCCCACAGUCCGAGGACCACGGCGGGUAGCCAAUCAAAUUCCUGAUGAAAUCCUGCAAGACUCCGAGUUACAGGAGGCGAUCAAAGCCCUGCCUGCAAAUUACAACUUUGAGAUCCACAAGACAGUUUGGCGAGUGAGACAAGCCAAUGCUAAAAGAGUGGCUUUGCAGCUUCCAGAGGGCCUGCAGAUGUUUGCCUGUGUCAUCGCCGACAUCAUUGAGAGGUUCACAGAAGCAGAUACCAUUGUGAUGGGGGACGUGACAUACGGGGCCUGCUGUGUGGACGACUUCACUGCCCGAGCCCUGGGUGCUGAUUUCAUGGUGCACUAUGGACACAGCUGUCUCAUCCCCAUAGACUCCACGGCAGGUAUUAAGAUGCUGUAUGUGUUUGUGGAUAUCCAGAUGGACAAUGCACACUUCCUGGACACGGUCAAGUUCAACUUCCCCCCUGGACAAUCUCUGGCACUCGUCAGCACUAUUCAGUUUGUGGCAGCACUGCAGGCUGUGAGUGCAGCCCUCAAGCCAGAGUAUGACGUGCUGGUCCCACAGUGCCGACCUCUGUCACCAGGGGAAAUUUUGGGCUGCACCUCCCCUCGCUUGGACCGCCAUGUCAAUGCCAUAAUUUAUCUGGGAGAUGGAAGAUUUCAUCUGGAGUCAAUCAUGAUCGCCAACCCAGAUAUCCCUGCCUACAGAUAUGACCCCUACAGUAAGGUUUUCUCCAGAGAGUACUAUGACCACGAGGCCAUGCGCUCUUUAAGGCUUCAGGCUAUUGACAAGGCUCGUUCAGCCCAGAGAUGGGGCCUGAUCUUGGGCACGCUGGGCCGGCAGGGCAGCCCCAAAGUCCUGGAGCACCUGGAGUCAAGACUCCAGUCACUGGGCAAGGACUUCACUCGGGUGCUCCUGUCUGAGAUUUUCCCCAGCAAGCUGGAUCUUAUGUCCGAUAUAGAUGCGUGGGUGCAGAUUGCUUGUCCACGCCUUUCUAUCGAUUGGGGCACAGCCUUCUCCAAACCCCUGCUGUCUCCGUAUGAGGCAGCCGUGGCAUUACAGGAAGUAGGCUGGAAGGAAGUUUACCCCAUGGACUUCUACUCCAAUCAGAGCCUGGGGCCGUGGGCGCCGAACCACCCUGACAACCAACCUGUGCGGCCCACUCGCCGACAAGCCCAGAAGCCAGGCUCAGUGCCAGCUCUUCCUACCAAGCAGUGUGGGCAGACCCAGUGCGCCCCCUGUGGCUGUCAAGGGGAAUGACACAUCAUGACCAGCAUUGCCUUCCACUCGUCUGGUGCCUGCAAAUGCCUGCCCCCCUCUGUUUACGGCCGGAUGGAGGUCAGACCAGAGGAGGAGAGCGGCAGGUAUUUGUCCAGACAGUCUAUCAGCGAGCAGGGCUAAAGCCAGAGGAGCCCUCAGCCCCUCCUCAAAUGGAUUACCAGCCAUACAUAAUCCCUCAUCUUACAAUACAGGAAAUCAAACCAAAUUCAUCGCUCUUAUUCACAUAUUCUGUUAUGUGGUCUGAGCUCAAAUACAUGCGACAGAGAGAAUAGCUUUUUGUGUUUGAGCUCACACAUGUUUCAUGUGAGUCAGGUUUCUGCAUGAAAGCGCCACUCUCUGCCACGCUAAGAAAGGAAUUCUUCCCGCACGUGGGGGGGUUGGCGGGUGGGAGGGUGGGGGUGUGGGCCCUUCUGUAAUUCAAACACGGCUUUUGUGAUUGUGAGAGAGACAGAGCGCGCAAGAUGACCUUGAACACGUUGGAAUUGAAGUGUCUGUUAAUGUGGGUGGCUUCAGUCAAACGCAGCCCACUCGUCCUUGGAUACAGCACUGUAUGUCGCCGGACACUUCAAAUAAGUUUCCCCUCAUGGUACAUUUCAAAGACAGUCACCGACAUAUUGUAUGAAGCACUUUCUUUGAUGUACCGCAUGUGACUUUUCACAAGAGCACUCUACUGAAAUGUAGAUAGUAAAAGUGUAAUACAUUACGACACGACCUUGUUUCCUUUUCUUGCUUUUGUAGUAGAAUUCUGAAACAAUAAAUCAGGAAUGGUGGUGGUGAUGGAA